AUCCUAUCUUUCCCGCAAACCCGUCGUUCCCCUGGGCGCCGCGAGUGUCCGGAGUCAUGUCGUCGUAUUGUUCGGGCAUUGAUCAUGCUAGACGUUAGUCGCCAUCAGUCAAAGUUCAGGGAAAAAGAGCAGGGAAGCUAUUAGGUCAAGUUAGCCUCGGGCCGCUUUCCACGACCAGCAUCGUGAACCGUCACCACUCAAUGCCAUCUGCCGUCUGCUAUUCACGUGGUGUUGCAAUUGAUCAUGGCGCCGGAUAGAGCGUCGGAGCAGUCCAAAAUCACUUCAGCCCAGACGGCCUCGGAAGUAAGCAGCCGACCACUGGUGCCGGACCAUUGAUCAACCGACCGCCCACCCAUACUACCCGAGGUAUCUUGCUUGUCUUGCACCGCCACAGGGACAAACUACCGGAGCAACGCAUUUGAUCGUCUUCUGCUUUGAUGCCAUGGCUCCCGGUCCUGCCUAUCGGCUUUUCAGCGUCCUAGUCACACCGCGUACUUCUAAUACGCGCGUUCUAGGGCCUCUAUUCACACUGGAACCUUGACCCCGGACUUGGCACAUGAUCGGACUUCCCCACAUGAGCGCGAACGCGCAACCGGAGACCGAUGGUUCUCCCUCUCCCACAACUACCGGCCUCUCCUCCAGCAUGGAGGCAAAAGAAGGGCGGAUUGGGAACGCUUUUGCGUGCGAACGUUGCCGAAAACACAAGGUACGUUGUGUUCGCUCCGACACGCCCAGUGUUUGCCAGAGAUGCCAAAAGGCUAGAGUGGAAUGUGUAGAACAUGUUGCGCGCAGACGGCCAGCAAAGGCGCGCGGCGAUGGCCCGUUACCUACUAAGCUGCGCGAGUUUGACAAGAAGCUGGAAAAGUUGUCAACAAUCGUCGCAACACUCCCGCCUUCUCCGGCUCCACCCAGUCUACCCUCGCAACUCCCCACACUAGAAACUUCUCAGCAAACAACAACACCAAUUCCAGUCGUAUCUCAACCCAUGUCUAUAUCGUCUAUUCCCAGGACAUCGGCCCUUUCCGCCCAUAGUCCGCAGCCUGAAAAUUCAUCGCCAUUCUGGGAUUCCAUGAACGACACCGUAUCCUGUCUCGGACGACUAGAUCCAGUUAUCAGGUCCAUCACCUUGGUACAUAUGCAAGCUUUGCUCGAUACAUACCGCAGCAUGGCCGACUUUUUUCCAUUUGUGCUGUUACCUAGGGACUAUCGCUGUCAGGACCUCUUUCAGCACAGACCGAUGUUGACCUUUGCCGUGUUGACGGUAUCUUCCUAUGAUUCCGUGGUGCUCCAGCAGACGCUAAGUCAAGAUUUCCGCAAAGUGGCCAUGGCCAAGAUCAUGAAGGGUGAAAAGAGUCUUGAUCUACUACAAGGGUUGCUGGUCUUCAUCGCGUGGCAUCAUCACUACAUGGACACUCAGGCUGUUUCAAUUACCAUGCUCCUUCAGCUAUGUUUGGGCAUAGCCAAUGAUCUAGGUCUAGAUGCCUUGGCCAGAACUGUAAGGAGUCCUAUGCACAAGAAUGACAUCUGGGAUAGAGAAGCGAAGCGGGCCUACCUUGGGUGUUACUACCUGUCAUCUAAUAUAGACCUCAUGCAACCUGGCAAGGCACGCUCCAUGUCACACACUAGCACACUUCGAACCUAUGCUUCAGAACUAGCUGCUUCCUGGGAGAACAAGUCAGACGCCGUCCUCCCUAUCAUCAUGGACGUUUGUCAGUACAUGGAAGAUGUCGAGGAGACGUUCCGAAAUCAGAUUGAGCAAGCGGUAAUUGUCCGCACUCAAGUAAAGCGCUUGAGUGAAAAGUGGGAGAACAUCCAGUUGGCUGUCAAGCUACGAGCGAAUGACUUCACAACAUUACAUUGGCUCCAACUCGCAGCGCGUAUCCAACUAUAUCGGAAGGCAGCUACUGUUGAGUUUUCAGAUCGAGAAAACACACCAUGGGCCUCGGGCUUCCAACUAUCGCUUCGCGUUACCUUGGUUCGAUCGGUCGAGCAGUUCCUCGACAACACCACAAAGCUUACUUCCACCCACUUUGAGUUCGUUUCUCUGGUUGACUGGCUCAAUCUAGUAAACACUCUUACAAACCUGAGUAAACUGGUACUGCACGCAUCGCCAAUGCCCGGCUGGGACCCUGCCGAGCUGCAAAUUACAAAGACAUUCGACCACUUCCGUGACCUGCUAUCAUCGCAGAUGCCUCACCACCAUGGCGUUCGGGAUAACAGCGAGGAUGCUUUUGAGCGGUUCCGCCGAAUCACGUCCGCCAUGAGAAUCGCGCUGCAUAAUGCACAAGGUAUGAGUAGCCCAAAUGGUACCACAUUCGAGCUUGCGACAGGUUCAGGACGCACCGUCUCUUUGUUACACAAUCUGGCCUUGCCCAAGAUCAACGGCGGCGCACUGAAUGGAGGGGAGAAGCUGCCGAGUCUACGCGACAUGAACCCCGCUGUCGACAUAACUUGCGAAGACUUCCACUGGAAAUUCCUAAUGGGCACCGUUUGAUGGAGGAUGCGACAGAGAACCUGGAAGUUCUUUGUCUCCUUCCCAAAACACGG